GCCGAUGACUUGCAUUUCGUAAACAAAAGCAGUUUUGCAGACAAUUAACUGUUUGUAUGGUUUGUGACAAAGCAUUAAGUCUUGGAUUUUGUGUUUAAUUUAUUCAAAUUUAAUUCACUUUUUGUAUUGAGUUUUGUGUUAAUCAUAAUAAAUAAGAGAAAUAAUGACAAAACGAAACAAAAGACGAAAAGUUGGCAAAAACGAGUCGUCAGUUCACAAGAGGAGACGAACGGCGACACCACUGAAGACACCACUGAAGACAUCACUGAAGACACCACUGAAGGCAUCACUGAAGACAUCACUGAAGGCAUCACUGAAGAAGACAUCUGCGAAACCAGCGAAACGUGUAAUCAGUGAUGACUCGGAUGACUGUGACAUCGAUUUAGACGGCAGUGAUAGUGAGUUAGUGGCCAUCGCUGCCAGUGUUGACACCUAUUUGGACGAUACGCUCGAUAGCAUGGAUUCGCAGACACAGGCCGUCACUCAAAGACACGGACUCACGGAUGACCUGUUGGUGACGCUAUCGGUGCGCGAACUCAACCGCCGACUCAAGAUGUCUGGUCUGUCGCGACAGGAAGUGAUCAAAAUGAAGCAAAGGAGGCGUACACUGAAGAACCGCGGGUACGCCGCCCAGUGUCGCAACAAACGGCUCGAGCAAAAAGGAGAUCUGGAGACCGAUAAGGUAGAGGUGGUGACAAACAUCAGACAAUUGUCUGAAGCGAAUAAUAAGAUCCGCGAAGAGGUGACAGAUCUGAGGCAUAAGUUUGAUGCCAUCAUUGAGUUCGCCGCCAAUAAUGGCAUUGAAUUGCCUCAAGAUUUACAAGAGUUUGUCGAUUGCGAGCAUAUAAUGCAAUAAUUCAUGUCUUGAAUAUAAUUCAUAUUUAUUUUUGUUAUUUAAUCCAUUUUUACGAAC